GGCGGGAGACUGGAGCUUCACCAGAACCCGUUCCUGCCACUGCAGCUGCUCCUCAGACCACUGGUGGCCCACCCAGGACAAUGCCCCCCACAGCCAUCUUGUGCCCGUCGCCACUGCCCUGGGGCAGCUGAAGUGAGGAGACCCCACUGCUGCACACCAUAGUGGCGGCUCCUAUGAUGGCUCCUUGGCCUUCCUUCAACCUCCACCUGCUUCUGUUCCUGCUGCUGCGGCCACUGCUGUUGCCCCUGGCCAGAGCCCAUCGCUUCUCUGCACCCAACACCAGCUUCAACCACCUGGUAGCAGUGCCAGGCCAAGGCACACUCUACGUGGGCGCAGUGAACCACCUCUUCCAGCUCAGUCCUGAGCUGCAGAUGGAGGCUAUGGCUGUCACUGGCCCUGUGUUCGACAGUCCUGACUGUGUGCCUUUCCGUGACCCAGCCGAGUGCCCACAGGCCCAACUCACUGAUAAUGUCAACCAGCUCUUGUUGGUGAGCAGCAGGGCCCAGGAGCUGGUGGCUUGUGGGCAGGUGAGGCAGGGUGUGUGUGAGAAGCGGCGCCUUGGGGAUGUGGCUCAAGUGCUGUACCAGGCUGAAGAUCCCGGUGAUGGGCAGUUUGUAGCUGCCAAUACCCCAGGAGUGGCCACAGUGGGCCUAGUGGUGCCCUUGCCAGGCCGGGACCUCCUGCUGGUGGCCAGAGGCCUGGCAGGCAAGCUGUCAGCAGGAGUGCCACCCCUAACGGUACGCCAGAUGGCCGGGCCACAACCUUUCUCCAGCGAGGGUCUGGGGCGACUUGUGGUAGGCGACUUCUCAGACUAUAACAACAGCUACGUGGGAGCCUUUUCAGAUGCCCACUUUGCCUACUUUGUCUUCCGCCGCCGUGGGGCCCGGGCCCAGGCUGAAUACCGCUCCUAUGUAGCCCGUGUCUGCCUGGGAGACACCAACCUUUACUCCUAUGUGGAAGUGCCCCUUGCCUGCCACGGCCAGGGCCUCAUCCAAGCUGCCUUCCUUGCUCUGGACACCUUGCUAGGUGCAUUUGCCACAGGCGCAAGUGGGGCACAGGCCACCCUGUGUGCCUUUCCCCUAGCCAAAUUGGACAAGAGUAUGGAGCAAGCCAGGCGACUUUGUUAUACAGCUGGUGGUCGAGGUCCCAGUGGCAUGGAGGAAGCCACCGUGGAGUAUGGUGUCACGUCCCGCUGUGUCACCCUGCCCCCUGACUCCCCUGAGUCAUAUCCUUGUGGUGAUGAGCAUACCCCCAGCCCCAUCGCAGGCCGUCAACCCCUGGAGGCCCAGCCUCUGCUGCAACUGGGGCAGUCCAUCAGUGCAGUGGCUGCCCUCCAGACAGAUGGGCACACAAUAGUUUUCCUGGGGGACACCCAGGGCCAGCUACACAAGGUCUUCCUAAACAGCUCUCAAGGCCAGGUAUACCACUCCCAGCAAGUAGGACCUCCAGGCUCAGCCAUCAGCCCAGAUCUGUUGGUAGACAGCAAUGGGGACUAUCUCUAUGUCCUGACUGCCCAGCAGGUGGACCGAGUCCCCGUGGCAGCCUGUCCUCAGUUCCACAACUGUUCUGGCUGCCUCCAGGCCAGGGACCCAUUGUGUGGCUGGUGUGUCCUGCAGGGCAGGUGUACACGGAAGGGUGAGUGUAAACAGGCAGCCCAGCCAAACCAGUGGCUGUGGAGCUAUGAAGAAGAUAGCUGCUGUCUCCACAUCCAGAGCCUGCAACCAGCCCAGCACCCCCGUCAGGAACAGGGCCAGAUCACUCUUUUUGUACCCCGGCUGCCCACCCUGGCCAUAGAUGAAUACUUCCAUUGUGCCUUUGGGGACUACGACAGUCUGGCUCAGGUGGAAGGGGCCCAUGUGGCCUGUGUCACCCCUCCUCAAGACCAGGUUCCAUCUAACCCUCCAGGCGCAGAUCACAUCACCUUGCCCCUGGCCCUGAUGUUUGAGGAUGUGGUCGUGGCUGCCACCACCUUCUCCUUCUAUGACUGCAGCGCUGUCCAGACCUUGGAGGUGGCUGCCCCGUGCCGCACUUGUGUGGGCAGCCGCUGGCGAUGCCACUGGUGUCCCCAAAGCAGCCACUGUGUAUAUGGAGAGCACUGCCCAGAGGGUGAGAAAACUGUCUACAGCACCCAGGAGGUGGACAUCCAAGUUCGUGGCCCAGAGGCUUGUCCCCAGGUUGAGGGCCUGGUAGGUCCUCACUUGGUGCCUGUGGGCUGGGAGAGUCAGUUGGCCCUGCGCGUUCAGAACCUUCACUAUUUCCAAGGCCUGCCUACCUCAUACUACUGCUGGUUAGAGCUGCCUGGAGAACUGCAGAAGCUGCCUGCCUCCCUAGAGACAGCUGGGGACUCCAGCCUCAUUCGCUGCCAGGCCCAGCAGUUCCACCCCUCUAUGUCCCAGUGGGAGCUCCUGGUGCCCAUCUAUGUAACUCGGGGCAAGGUCAAGCGGCUGGACAAUGCCCAAGCUCUUUAUGUGACCCUGUAUGACUGUGCUGUGGGCCACCCUGACUGCAGCCACUGCCAGGCAGCCAAUGGGAGCCUGAGUUGCCUGUGGUGUGGUGAUGGCCAGCCUACCUGUCGCUAUGGGCCACUGUGCCCACCAGGGGCUGUGGAGCGACUGUGCCCCACACCUAGCAUUGAUGCGAUUGAACCCCUCACUGGUCCCCCAGAGGGUGGCUUGGCCAUUACCAUUCUGGGCUCCAACCUGGGCCGGGCCUUUGCCGAUGUGCAAAAUUCUGUGACUGUGGCUGGCCAGCCCUGCAGCCCUGAUCCAGCUCUCUACCGCACCUCUGCCCGGAUCGUGUGUGUGACAUCUCCUGCCCCCAAUGGCACUACUGGGCCAGUCCAAGUGGCCAUUAAGAGCCGCCCACCUGGCAUCUCAACUCAGUACUUCACCUAUCAGGACCCUGUCCUGCUGAGCCUGAGUCCUCAGAGGGGGCCCCAGGCAGGGGGCACCCAGCUUACCAUCCAUGGACAGCACCUCCAGACAGGAGGCAAUAUCAGUGCCUUUGUGGGCAGACAACCUUGUCCCAUCCAGGAGCCUGUGUGUCCUGAGGCCAUUGUAUGCCACACCAUGCCACAGGCUGAGCCAGGAGAAGCAGUGGUCCUUGUGGUCUUUGGCCAUGUCGAACGCAAACUGCUCAGCAGCCCCUUUCAAUACACUUCCAACCCCCAGCUGGUAGCAGCAGAGCCCAGCGUCAGCUUCCGGGGGGGUGGACGGCUGAUCCGAGUCAGGGGCACAGGCCUAGAUGUGGUGUGGCAGCCCUUGCUAUCAGUAUGGCUGGAGGACAAGGACCAGGUGAAGGCUUUGAGGGUCCAGCCCCAGGAUGUGAGCCCAAGGAGGAGCUGUGGUGCCUCUGUUGCAGACCCCCAGCCUUGUAUCCAGCUUGAGAAGGGUUUGCUGCAGUGCUCCACCACGUGCUCUGUCAACUCAUCCAGCCUCCUCCUGUGCCACAGCCCAGCAGUGCCAGAUGGGGCCCUCCCAAAGCGGGUCUUCUUUGCCCUAGACAACAUACAAGUGGACUUCGCCAGUGCCAGUGGAGGUCAGGGCUUCCUGUACCAGCCCAACCCCCGUCUGGCCCCGCUUACUCGUGAGGGGCUCACCCACCCCUAUCGCCUCAAGCCGGGCCAUGUCCUGGAUGUCGAGGGCGAGGGCCUCAAUCUGGGGAUCAGCAAGGAGGAGGUGCGAGUGCACAUUGGGGACGGAGAGUGCCUGGUGAAGACGCUGACACUCAAUCACUUGUACUGUGAGCCACCCCCACGUGCCCCUCAGCCAACUAACGGCUCCAAUGCCUUACCGCAGUUCGUGGUACAGAUGGGUAAUGUGCGCCUGGCCCUGGGUCCUGUCCAGUAUGAGGCUGAACCCACGAUGUCCACCUUCCCUGUGGAGGCCCAGGUGGGCCUGGGCAUGGGUGCUGCUGUGCUGAUUGCCGCAGUGCUCCUCCUCACCCUCAUGUACAGGCACAAGAGUAAGCAGGCCCUUCGAGACUACCAGAAGGUGUUGGUGCAGCUGGAGAACUUGGAGACCGGUGUGGGUGACCAGUGCCGCAAAGAGUUCACAGACUUGAUGACUGAAAUGACAGACCUCAGCAGUGACCUGGAGGCCAGCGGGAUACCGUUCUUGGAUUAUCGUACAUAUGCUGAGCGUGCCUUCUUCCCUGGCCAUGGUGGCUGCCCACUGCAGCCUAACCUUGAGGCACCUGGGGAGGAAAGUCGUCGUGCCACAGUGCGCCAAGGCCUCACACAGCUCUCCAACCUGCUCAACAGCAAGCUCUUCCUCCUCACGCUCAUCCACACCCUGGAGGAGCAGCCGAGCUUCUCCCAGAGGGACCGCUGCCAUGUGGCUUCACUGCUGUCCCUGGCACUGCACAGCAAGCUUGAGUACUUGACUGACAUCAUGAGGACUCUGCUUGGUGACCUAGCUGUCCAUUAUGUACACAAGAACCCCAAGCUCAUGCUGCGCAGGACGGAAACCAUGGUAGAAAAGUUGCUCACCAACUGGCUGUCCAUCUGUCUGUAUGCCUUCCUAAAGGAAGUAGCUGGUGAGCCACUGUACAUGCUCUUCCGGGCCAUCAAGUACCAGGUGGACAAGGGCCCUGUGGAUGCUGUGACAGGCAAGGCAAAACGAACUCUGAAUGAUAGCCAUCUUCUCCGAGAGGAUGUGGAGUUCCGGCCCCUGACACUAAUGGCACUGGUGGGAUCUGGGGCUGGUGGAGCUGCAGGGAGCAGCGAGGUACAGCGAGUGCCAGCCCGGGUACUCGACACAGACACCAUCACCCAGGUCAAGGAGAAGGUGUUGGAUCAAGUCUACAAGGGCACCCCCUUCUCCCAGAGGCCUUCAGUGCACUCCCUAGACCUUGAGUGGCGCUCAGGCCUAGCUGGUCACCUAACUCUGUCGGAUGAAGACUUGACUUCAGUGACUCAAAACCACUGGAAGAGGCUCAAUACCCUGCAGCACUACAAGGUCCCAGAUGGAGCAACAGUGGGGCUCAUCCCUCAGCUUCACAAUGGUGGUACUGUCUCCCAGAGCCUAGCCCAGACUGGCUGCCCCUCUGGAGAGAACACUCCCAUGUUGGAGGAUGGUGAGGAGGGUGGGGUACGACUCUGGCACUUGGUGAAGGCCACUGAGGAGCCAGAAGGGGCCAAAGCACGGCGCAGCAGCCUCCGAGAACGAGAACGAGAGCGGGCACGGGCCAAGGCCAUUCCGGAAAUCUACCUCACUCGCUUACUUUCCAUGAAGGGCACCCUGCAGAAGUUUGUGGAUGAUACCUUCCAAGCCAUUCUUAGUGUAAACCGGCCUGUACCCAUUGCUGUCAAGUACUUGUUUGAUUUCCUGGAUGAACUUGCAGAGAAGCAUGGCAUUGAGGAUCCUGAGACCCUGCACAUUUGGAAGACAAACAGCCUGCUGCUGCGGUUUUGGGUGAAUGCCUUGAAGAACCCACAGCUCAUCUUUGAUGUGCGAGUGUCAGACAACGAGGACGCCAUCUUGGCUGUCAUCGCGCAGACCUUCAUAGACUCCUGCACACUCUCAGAACAUAAAGUGGGCAGGGAUUCCCCAGUGAACAAACUGCUCUACGCACGGGAGAUCCCUCGCUACAAGCAGAUGGUGGAGAAGUACUAUGCAGAUAUUCGCCAGAGCUCUCCGGCAAGUUACCAAGAGAUGAACUCGGCUCUGGCUGAACUCUCUGGGAACUAUACCUCUGCUCCCCACUGUCUGGAGGCUCUGCAAGAACUCUACAAUCAUAUCCACAGGUAUUAUGACCAGAUCAUCAGUGCCUUGGAGGAGGACCCUGUGGCCCAGAAGAUGCAGCUGGCCUGCCGCCUGCAGCAAAUUGCUGCUCUGGUGGAGAACAAAGUGACUGACUUGUGAGCUAGGGCCAGAGUGGGCGUCUGAGGCCUGCCAGAUGAGAGAACAGCAUAUAAGACCCACCGCUGAAGUACCAUAUAACCCCUGGACUGAGCAGGGCUGUAUAGAGUGCCCACCACCCCACAUCUUGCUUGUUUCUAAUUUUAUAAUGACCCCUACCUUUUUCCCCAUUGUAUUUAUUUGCUUACUGAAGAAUCGCAUCUGAGAAUAAAAUAGAAAUGCAUCUUAAAAAAAAAUCUCAGAUGGGCAUGGUACCGCACACCUUUGAU